AUUUUCAAACGAACAAUAUUGGAGUUAUAUUACACAUUUUAAAACAUUUGUCAUCAAAUAGUUAAGCUAUAUUUUCAAUUAGUUAUCAAUCGUUAAUAGUAAAAGAAAGGAAAGUUUAAGCAUGGAGGGAAAAGUACGCGUUAACGUAUCUCAAUAGAUUACAUCCAUCCUUGUAACUUAAAUAUAAGAAAUCAAGCGUGAACGAAACAAUGACCCUCCAAAUUAAAAUGUUGACAGUUGUUUAAUGCUUGGAUGAUUUCAUAACAAGGAGCGCAACUGAAAGCUCUAUUUUUCACUUAAGCCACCCUUAAUCUUCAAAUGACUAGUCCAAUCUUCUUUGAGUAAAAUAAAUUAUUAGUCUAAGUCCAAAGAUAAUAUGUUUACCAAAUGUAAUAUAAAAAUUAAAUUUCAUCUUCUGGCAGAAACAAUAUUUUCUCUACUUUUCCAACCUUCGUAUAAAUACAAAUGUUGUUUCACGUAGCAUUAUGAUUACUUAGUCCACUUGUGUCCAAGAUACAAUGUUUGGAAAAUUCGCUCUACUGCUCGGUCUCAUCGGCAGGUUCUUUGCCAUUGUUGACGCCGGCGAUGGGACAUUGAAAGCCUUAAUGGAUGACUCACCGGUCAGUAAACAUUUAUCGUCAGGUUUUAGGCAUGGCGCAAUUGAUGAAAAGGAAAUUUUAGAGAAAGUGAAAGGUCACGAAGAGGUCCACGCAAUCGAUUCCGAUGGACUGGCAUUGAAAGAAAAGGAACUGCUUUUGAAAAAUCCAGAAUUUCUGGGGAAAAUAUUGAAAAUGGCGCUGGGUGAAAAAGAAGAGCUUGCGGAAGGUGAUUUGAAAGCUGCAGUGAUCCACAUCAUAAAACUGUUGGAGAGUACAGUUGGUGAUGCGUUUUUGAAAAAGGAGGAAUUUUCAAAAGUUCUAAAGCAUCCACACGGUGUGGCAGACGCGUCGCUAAAACCAGAAGUUUUAUAUUCCAGUGACGAACAUCUACAUGAUAAAAUAGCAGACAAAGAUGUGAAACCGUUCUGGAAAGAUGAGGAUAUUAGGCUUUUCAAAGCCAUUACAGAAUUGAAAGCUUCCGAAUCUAUGGUGCCACCUUUUGGGAAACCUGUGUCAGAAGACUUUUUGAAAACCCUUUUUCACGGCGAAAAAGCAUUAGAAGACGGCAAGCACUUAGAUGUUCUAAAAUCUUUAGAAGGAUUAAAAGCGGAAAGUUUAUUAAAUAAAGAAAAAUUGUUGGCAGCGAAAAAUGUAGAAGCCAAAGACAUCCCACAUCCAAUUGUUCUAGGAAAAGAACAUUCUCUGAAAGAUGAGAAAGCUUUCGCCAGUGAAGAGGAAUUUAAGAACCACAAGACUUUUCACGAAGAAAAAGCAACUCAUCACAAAGAUUUUGUGUUCGACGAGAUUUUAAAACACGAAGAGGCUCAUGCUUACGGUGAUGAUUUAGGAACAAAAGAAUCUUCUGAAUUCGAUGAAGAACUAUACCCACAUUCUUUUCUGCGUGAAUUACACAAAACUAAAGCUGAUCUGGAUAUUAAAAAAGACCUUUCAUUAGAAGAGAAGGGUCUAAAAAUUGAUGAAGCCAAAGAUAAAGGUAUCAAACAGCUUGAUAAAGCCAGUUUGGACACCUCGCUUGCGAAGAAAGGCCUUUCUUCAGAAGGCAUCUUAAACAAAGAAAGCGCAGAAAAAGGUAAAAAAGUUGGUGAAGCCAAAGAUAUAGACAUCAAACAAGGUGGCACUCAUGCCUACGAGAAAGCAAAAGAUCAAGCACAUAAAGAUGCAACAAUACCUUUUAGUGAAGAAGGAAAAGAUGAACUACUUCUCGAUGAGGCUUUAAAAACAAUUUUAUCGGGUACCAAAGUAGAAGCGGGAAAAAUCUUACCCGGAACAAAAAUUUACACCGAAGAAGCACUCAAAAAAGAAAAAGCUUUAAUUGACAGUAAAGAAUUAUCAAAAAAAUUAUUUGAAGAACAUGAUAUCGCCAAAGGAAUCAACCAUGGAAUAAAAACAGAUGAAGAUAUUUCAAAAGGAAUACGUCAUGGUAUUAAAUUAGAUGAAGACAUAUCAAAAGGAAUACAUCAUGGUAUCAAAUUUGAUGAAGGCAUAUCAAAAGGAAUACACCAUGGAAUAAAAACAGAUGAAGAUAUUUCAAAAGGAAUACAUCAUGGUAUUAAAUUAGAUGAAGGCGUAUCAAAAGGAAUACAUCAUGGAAUAAAAACAGAUGAAGACAUAUCAAAAGGAAUACAUCAUGGAAUCAAAUUUGAUGAAGGCAUAUCAAAAGGAAUACGUCAUGGAAUAAAAACAGAUGAAGACAUAUCGAAAGGAAUACAUCAUGGUAUUAAAUUAGAUGAAGGCAUAUCAAAAGGAAUACAUCAUGGAAUAAAAACAGAUGAAGAUAUCUCGAAAGGAAUACAUCAUGGUAUUAAAAUGGACGAAGAAAUUGCAAAACGCAUAAAAGAACAUUUUGCUCGUGAUAAACAUGUGCAUUUAUCUACAACAGACGAAGUCCAUAAGACUUUAUCUAGAGAUUCAAUACACAGCAAAGCUCAGUUUCUAAAAAAGAAAGUUCUAGAAAUUUUAAGUCAUAUUUUACAAAUGAAAAAGUGCCAUUUAGUAAGCAUGAAACCAGGCGAGCUUCUAUCGAUAGUCAACUGCAUAUCAAAAAGUAAGGAUCCUAUUCUCUGUGAAAAGUUUACCAUGUGUGAAAAGAAAAUGCCACCACAGGUAAUUCUAGCUCUUGAAUUGUGCCAAAAAGAACUAUUACCAGAACAAGCUUUAAGAUGCUCAAAGUAUGAGCCUCUUUUUCCUUCACCCGAUAUCCCAAUCAAGAUAUUCCAGUGUAUUAUAAAGAAUACUAGAGAGUUAUUGCCUGAAGAAAAGAAACAAAUGAUUGCUUUUGAGUUUGAUGCAAUGUUGACUGAGUGA